AGUGUAGGAAAAGAGGAGGAAGCAGCAGCUACAGUAGCGAGGAUGGCGGAGUCACACCUCUGAAGCUUAUCUUCGAAGGAUUAGAAAACUUUGGUGACCUUUGCAGCCUGAAAGAACUUCUGUCUGAAGGUCCUGAGAGCGUGUGCAGUUCAAACACUUAAGCAUGUGGCUCAUGGAUGCCACAGUCCAGCAACUGAAAAGGAUUUCUUUUUCCAUGGCAUUUUAACAAAGGAACUAAAUAUCAAAAGCAUUGGAUCACAAGGCAUUUGUUUGAAGGAUCAUCAUAAAUGUGUGGGUCUGCACAGGGAUGUUUUCUUUAGAAACCUCCAUGGCUGUAUGCGUCCCUUUUUUCCCAAAUAAGUAAUCGGACAAAAGAGACUCCCAUGAGCAACUCUGCAGGAGACCCGAUAACGUCGACAUGAGUAGUACUUUAGGCAAAGAAAAAGAUUCUAAAGAAAAGGACCCCAAAGGUGGUCCAGCAGGGAAAGAAAGGGAAAAGGAGGCCAAGGCACUGGCCAGCUUGGUCAAAGAUGGUGGCAAAGAAUCGAAGACCAAAGGGAAAGAUGCCAAAGAAGGAAAGAAGGACACCAGCAGUUCAACACCGGGUGUUGCCUUCUCUGUUGACAAUACGAUAAAGCGACCAAACCCGGCACCAGGUACACGCAAGAAGUCCAGUAAUGCUGAGGUGAUCAAAGAACUUAAUAAAUGUCGGGAAGAGAACUCAAUGAGACUGGACCUUUCUAAAAGGUCUAUCCAUAUGCUUCCCACCUCCAUUAAGGAGUUGACACAGCUUGCUGAACUCUACUUAUACAGCAACAAGCUACAGAGCCUGCCAGCUGAGGUGGGUUGCCUUUCGGGCCUGGUCACACUAGCCCUGAGUGAGAACUCCCUGACCAGUUUGCCUGACUCCCUGGACUCCCUUAAGAAGCUUAAGAUGCUCGACCUCCGGCACAACAAGCUGAGAGAGAUACCGGCUGUUGUCUACCGGCUGUCAUCUCUGGCCACGCUGUAUCUACGCUUCAACCGUAUCACAACAGUAGAGAAGGAUAUUCGAAACCUAUCCAAGCUGACUAUGCUCAGCAUCCGUGAGAACAAGAUUAAACAGCUGCCUGCAGAGAUAGGGGAGCUUUGCAGUCUUAUUACUCUUGAUGUUGCCCAUAACCAGUUGGAACACCUACCGAAAGAGAUUGGGAAUUGCACACAGAUAACCAACCUCGAUUUGCAGCACAACGAGCUCUUGGAUCUUCCAGAGACUAUAGGGAAUCUGGCCAGCAUAAAUCGCUUAGGUCUGAGAUAUAAUAGAUUAUCAGCCAUCCCCAGAUCAUUAGCCAAAUGUCGAGAACUGGAGGAGCUUAACCUUGAAAACAACAACAUUUCAGUGUUGCCAGAGGGUCUGCUUUCAAGUUUGGUGAACCUGACGAGUCUAACACUGGCGAGGAACUGCUUCCAGUCAUACCCUGUGGGUGGACCAUCCCAGUUUUCCACAAUCUACUCUCUCAACAUGGAGCACAACCGAAUCAACAAGAUUCCCUUUGGUAUCUUCUCCAGAGCCAAGGUGUUAAGCAAGCUUAACAUGAAGGACAACCAGUUAACAUCUCUGCCACUGGACUUUGGCACGUGGACGAGCAUGGUCGAGCUUAACUUGGCCACCAAUCAGCUGACAAAGAUCCCGGAGGACGUCUGUGGUCUGGUCUCUCUGGAGGUGUUGAUAUUGUCCAAUAAUCUUCUCAAGAAGUUACCACAUAGUAUUGGGAACUUGAGGAAACUGCGAGAGCUUGACUUGGAGGAGAACAAGUUGGAAUCUCUUCCCAAUGAAAUUGCUUAUCUUAAAGAUUUACAGAAAUUGGUGUUGACGAAUAAUCAGCUGACCACAUUACCCAGAGGCAUCGGGCACCUCACCAAUCUGACUCAUCUGGGUUUGGGUGAGAACCUGCUGCAACACCUUCCCGAGGAGAUUGGUACACUGGAGAACCUAGAGGAACUAUACCUCAACGACAACCCCAACCUGCACAGCCUCCCAUUCGAGCUGGCCCUCUGCAGCAAGCUGUCCAUCAUGAGCAUCGAGAACUGUCCCCUCAGUCACCUGCCUCCCCAGAUUGUGGCAGGAGGGCCCUCCUUCAUCAUCCAGUUCCUCAAGAUGCAGGGACCAUACCGUGCCAUGGUCUGAGCCAAAAGCAGCUCAGUAUCAGUCCCACUUAAAUCCAAACCCUCCACUUGCUCUGCACUUGCGCCUGACGCCUCCCCCUUAUGUGUAUCAUCCACUGUAAAGUAAACAGACUCACCACACUCGGUGUCAAGGGGGAAGUGAAAGGAGGAGAAAGAAGAGGAAAAGCAUUUCUUUUACCACCCUCCUGCAGAAACAAGGCAAAUCUGGAGACUUGACUUCUGUGUUGCUCCAGAGGUGAUCACGGUCAUUUUAGGACCCCGGGCACCCCCUGUUCAUCUUUCAUUCCGAAUCAUACAAGAGGAAAAAUAUUUCCAUCUCUUUGCCAAACCUGAAGAUAUAUAAAGUGAUAUAUAUAUUGAGUAACUGUGAGCUAAGUGGCAAGUCUUUUAACCGUAUAAACCAUGCUCCCAUUGCCAAUGUAUUUACAGUAAUUACAAGCAUCUAUUAUGUGAGCAAGGAUACAAUUGUAUGCAAAAACAAACAAAAAAUGUCUUUUUGAACUUCACAUUUACUGCUGCUGCCGCCGUAAUUUGAACUGUCGUCGAGUUAUAUUUUCUUUUGAUAUUCCCUUUUUUUUAUCAUCUUCCUUGGUAUAACUUAAGUUAAUUGCUUUUUGACCAUAGAGAACAAAGGUCUAAUGAUAGUGUGUUCAUUUUUCUUUUUUCUUUUUUUUUAACUGUGCCUAUGUUUAGAGUGAUCCAGUCAGUGGUUCAUUUCUAAACACAAUUAUCCAUGAGAAUACAAAGAUAUAAAUUAUUUCGAUUUUUCUUUUUUUUAUUACUUUUUUUGUGUUUCUUUUUGCUGUUGUAUUAAUCUGUUAAUACGGGCGAUAUCAUUUGUAAUAUAGGGCGAUUGGGGAGCUUUUGAACAAAUGGCAGCAGUAGUUGGUUCAGCAUUAAGCUAGUAAUGUAUACAUAUGACAAAUGCCAAUCAUUAAUGCUUGGGGAGGGAAGAGAGAGAGUGUGUAAGUUAGACUUGAGCAGGUGGCGCUGUGACCUCUGUCUUGAAGAUUGACGCGUGACAAAAAGGUUUUAAGAAAAAGUCAAACAUGCAUAGGUGAUGGGAUAAGUGCUAGGAGAUGCUUUUAAAAAUGUAUACAGAUCCUGGUUGUUGCCUUGAGUGCAAUUUUAGUUAUGUUUACUUUUUUUUGUUUGUUUUAUUGUUUUCAGUGUUGGACUGUGUGGCUGUAAUCCAGUUGCUCAUUGACCAACAUAUCAAGCAUUUUCAAAAAAAGACAUCUGGGUCUUUGGAGCAGUUGUGGUGAGUCAGUGAAUCAGAGCUUCAAACACAGUUUCAUAAUAAAACAUUAGCAGGUAAAUUCACUCUUUUUUUUUUAACACGUUUCUGCAUUGUUUUGUUCCUUUUUUUAAUAGGGUCUCCCAAUAAUUCUAAUUACAUAAUAGAGAAAUGUUCCAAUGAUAUUUUUUUAAUAUCAUUUGUCCCACACUGUCCUAGCAAUGCUGCUGCUCUUAUGCACUUUUUUGUUUUUUUUGUUUAAUUAAAUUAAAAGAUAUUGGAUCCCUCCUAUAUUUAGGCUAAAACACAGUAGCCUCUCAUCACAUGUGUUAAAUGGGGGCAUUUUUUCAUAAAUAUAUUAUCUGUGGAAUGGUUUAUCAUGUACAUUUUUUUUAUCAAUUUGAAUAUUAAUGUCGAGUUACAUGAGCUCAGAAUUUACUCAUAAUUUUUUUUUGGUGGGGGUUUCCUGUCAAACUGUAAAAGUAUCCGUGUUGCAAUGAUGUGGUUUUAAAGUUCCCAUAUCCUGCUUUCUCAAUCACAAGAGAAGAUGGCUUAUCGCAGUUCAGAUCAGCAUUGUUCAUUUUUAAAUCAGAAGUACAUUUAGUGUUUUCUUUUCUCCUUUUUUCUAAAUGAUGACACAUGUGUUCAGUUAGUAUUAUUUCAAGUGACUGUACAUUAAAAGUUCCAAGUCCCAAAAGGUAAUCAAACAUUUUUUUUUCUCCCUUAGUGUAAAUGUGUUGCAUCCCGAUUCUAUAUUCAGUCAUGAUUCUGUUUUGUAUUGAAAUAUGUGAAUCUAUUUUUCUUUUUUCUUUUUUUUUGUUCUUUGCAGUCGCGCAGCAUUCUUGUGUGUGUGGGCUGUGGUCUUGUUUCCUCUGUAGGUGGCCUCAGUGAAGAUCACGCCACAGCUCACCUCUGCGCGGGGUCGAGUUAUGGGGGAAAUAAAUGCACCGCUGCUUCUAAUUUACCAGCAGAAUCUGUUGCUGCUUCUUGUUCUGGACUGAAACAUACUGUAUGCUGUACAAGACAAAGGGGGGAGUGGGGGGAGCUGUGGGGAGGAGGAGGGCACGAGGUGGGAGAGAACCCCGCUCCCAACGCUGACACAGACUUCUUUUGAAAACCCUGACGCGGGGGACAAAUCCACUGACCUUUUGAGUUUGGUGCGGUGGUUUUCUCACCGAUCAAAUCGUUGGGGACACAACAAUGAGACAACACAACAAGGUGCAUAUUUGAGCUUAACGCAGUUACAGUACAAGACUGUCGGAAGAAGACAAAAAAAAAAAUUGUAAAAAGGGCUUUCUGUGUUCAUGCUCAACAACACACCGGAGGCAUUGCAUUCCUGGGUUUUAUAUAAAAGCUUUGGAAGUUCUUUUUUUGUGUAUUUUAUUUACGUUUAGCUGUAAACAAUUGUGUGAAAUGCCUUCAAUGAGUACUCAAGGGUGAGAUGUGCAUUAGGUGUGCAGCAAGACGUGCUGUGACCCAUUUUUACACUCAAGUCUCUUGUUUUUACUUCGUUCAUGUGCCAUUUUGCAAGGUUGAGAGUGCCAGUGUGUGAAGACACAAAAGGGGGUUGAUGACGAUGAUGAUGAUGACCAUGGUGGUGAAGGCAGAAACUGAAGUUCAAAUGUAUUGUAGAAGAGACGGCGAUCACAGUCUGGCUCGACCUGUUGUUGGAUCACAGCGCUGGGGAACCCUAAAUAGUCGGUGUUUAUUUUUCUAUCAUCUGUGAUUUAAGGCCCUGGAGAGCGUCGCAGAAUCAAACGUUUGAUUCGCACCUUAAGCUUUCUUUUUCGUCGCCCUCUCUCUGGAUCAUACAACUUCUCUUUAUUUCCUGCCUGGUUAUUUUGUACAGGAACCAAGCAUGUUGAACACAUAUUUGACAUGAUUUGUCUGGGUCAGAAUCAGGCAUUUUUUUGCUUAGAGGACUAAGAUUUAGUGGCUAUCUGGUGUAUCUGCAAAUGCUCCCUUUUUGUAUAUUGCAAAGGGUAUUGAAGCAUUGUGUGGCAAUGCUUAUCCUACUUAAUCUACAUUGACAAGCAGCCUUAAUGGUCUUUUUUUAAUGUGUUUGUUUGGCUAUUCCUUGUGUCUAUGGCCACUGACUGUACUUGAUGACAAGCAACUGGUCGUUACGAUGUAAAUUUGGGUCUCGUUUUUUCUUUCUGUCUUUUUCCUUUUACUCUGUACAGUAAUCUGACGUUGCGGUAGACUCAGUAUUACGAAGAUCUGUAAUGUGAUGAGAACUUUACAAAAAGAGUAGUAGUGCAUUGGGGGAAGAUAAUGCCAUUAUGCUAUCGAGUGGAUGUGCAUUAGCUCGCGUCUCACUCAUGUUUGGCAUUAAAGGGGAAUUCCACUGAAACUGACUUGCAUUUUUAUUCUGCAAAUGCAGAUGCAUAUUAACGGAAAUUGCUUCUUUUUUUUGUGAUAUCUGCUUUUACUUAACAGUUCAUAUCAGAUAGAAAUCAUGUGAUCGAGAUCAGGGUGACGUUAAAAUGAUUAGCUUUAAUGUCUGACAUUAAGAAUUAGACUUCAUCUAUAUUUAAAAAAAAAAACAGUUUUGCAAAGGAAUAAACAUGAAAGCACACAUACAUAUAUAUAUACACACAAGAUUAAAUUACAGUGAGCAAGUUCUGGUGGAAUAGCCCUUUAAUGUGGAGCCGCCUGCUAUUUCCCACUGCGUACCCGCCCUUAACCCUGACUCCCAUCCACACACACACAAGAACUCACACAGCUCUCUCUAUAUUCUCUCCAUACACUAACUUGACUGCCUUAUGUGCACCAAGCAGAACCUUUAUGACCGUGUUCAUUUAAUCAACGACGACGGGAUAAUCAUUUUUCUCUUUCUUUCUUCAAUGUCACUAAAGGGAUCUGGGUCCACAGACUGAAUCAGAAUUGUUUUGGGUCAGUUGUCUCUUGGACGAGCAGAUGCAGACAUGACUACCUCGAUGUGAGUCUCCAUCGCUAACCACAGUGACCAAGAUCCAGUCUGAGGUGUUUCUACCUGUGUACAUACUGUACAAAGCUGCAGGUUGGCAGCACCAACUUGGAUGUGGACCAGCAAUUUUACUUUAACGUCCCUCUGUUGCUUUUUGUUCAGGUUGUACACACCUCUACUUAGUAUUAUUUGGCAAACAUAAAGGGGAGAAGAAGAAAGAAAAAAAAAAUCACUGAUCUGUGUGCUUGGGUUGUAAAUGACAAACCUUAUGGACGCCCCCGUCCCCUGUUGUAAGACAGUUAUCCUGAAAACAACUAGUUGCAGAGUGUUACUUUGCAAACGAGUGAAAUUGACCAUGUUUGGUGAUGUUCUGUAUGUACAUACAUCUUUUUAACUGUAAUAAACCUAUAAAUAUUUACAAAUUCA